CGUCACUGCAGGCACUGCCCAACGGCGAUGCCGGAAACGGAAAAUGGCCUUCUAUAUAGACUUUAAGUAGCUCCCGCGACCAUCACCUCGUCCUUUCUUUCUUGCACCCGUCAUUUCUCUCUACAGUUCACCAUGGCCUCGUACGACGCCCUCCUCCAACGCUACCGCGCCGCUGGGCAGGAGCAUCUCCUCAAAUUCUGGGAGCAGCUGUCUGCUGAAGAGCGGGACGCCCUAGCGAAGCAGCUCGAUGCCCUGGACAUCGAACGCGUCAACCGCAUCUACCAGAAGGCAGUCUCCUCAGAGUCCCAGUCCGCGUCGGAACCCGACACCAUCGAGCCGCUGCCCGAAGACGCGUCGGACUCGGCGUCCUCUGAGAGGAGCUCCGAAUGGCGACGCGCCGGACUCGAGGCGAUCGCGCGCAACGCGGUGGGCGUGCUGCUCAUGGCAGGCGGCCAGGGCACGCGUCUUGGGAGCUCCUCGCCCAAGGGCUGCUACGACAUCGGCCUCCCCUCGCAUAAGACGCUCUUCCAGUACCAGGCAGAGCGCAUCAGCCGGUUGCAGACCGUCGCGGAGGAGGAAUUUGGCAAGCCCAAGGGGUCCGUCACCAUCCCCUGGUAUGUCAUGACGAGCGGGCCUACUCGCCCAGAGACGGAGCGGUUUUUCAAAUCGCACAAGUACUUCGGGCUGGAUCCCAAGAAUGUCAUCUUCUUCGAGCAGGGCACGCUGCCUUGCUUGACCAUGGAUGGCAAAGUUCUUCUGGAUAGCCCAGGACAUGUCGCUGUCGCGCCUGAUGGCAACGGCGGUCUCUACGCUGCUACGCGCGCGCCUUUGGAUCCCAAGGACAAAUCACGCACCGUCCUCUCCGAUCUCGCCGCGCGCAACAUCACCUAUGUGCACGCGUACUGCGUUGACAACUGCCUCGUGCGCGUCGCCGACCCCGUCUUCAUCGGCUACUCUAUUCUCAAGCGAGCGGACUGUGCCGCCAAGGUUGUCCCGAAGGCGUCUCCAACCGAGUCUGUCGGUGUUAUCGCUAUGCGUGGCAACAAGUACUCUGUCGUCGAGUACUCGGAGAUCUCGAAGGAGCAGGCUGAGCGCCGCGACGCGUCUGGCGCGCUCGCCUUCCGUGCGGGCAACAUCGCCAACCACUUCUACACGACGGCCUUCCUCAACCGGGUCGAAGAGUUCGAGAACGACCUCGCGUUCCACAUCGCGCGCAAAAAGAUCGCGCAUGUCGACCUCGAGUCCGGCUCGAUCAUCAAGCCCACGAAGCCGAACGGCAUGAAGCUCGAGAUGUUCGUCUUCGAUGUGUUCCCCUACACGAAGAACUUCGCUGUGCUGGAGGUUGCGCGUAACGAGGAGUUCAGCCCUCUGAAGAACGCGCCGGGGACUGGGUCUGACGAUCCGGAGACCAGCCGCAGGGAUCUACUUGCCCAGCACAAGCGCUUCCUCGAGGCCGCGGGGGCGACCGUGAAGGAGGGCGUUGAGAUCGAGCUGUCGCCGCUCGUCAGCUAUGCAGGGGAGGGACUCGAGAGCGUGAAGGGGAAGACUUACACGAAGUCUGGUAUCGCGGAGGCGUUGGAGGAGCUGGACGCGCUGGUUUGAAGGAACAAAAACAAUGUAACACUUGGACAGUCUCAGCUACUCUACCGCAUAGGAUAAUGUUCUAGGACUGCGUACAACAGUACUACUCGUGGAAGGACAGGUAGACUCAGGGAUCGUAUUGGUACUUGCAUCGUCGAUGGACUCUUGGUUUACCACCGCUUUGAAUCGCAGGCUUUGCCAUCCGUUGUAUCUGCCGUAAUUUUGUGAUGGAAGUCCAAGUAUGGAGUUCACCUAUCGCCUCUGAAUGAGGUCUAUACGUUGAGCGGGGAGCGCAGACAUUGC